GUUUUUUUUUUUUUUUUCAAAUCCGACGCCCCACCGGGGCGCAUGGAGAUAACCUUCGCCUCUUCAAGCUCUCGGGAUCUCCCCACAAUCUCUGUAUCCUCCUCUUCCUCUUCAUUACUCGGAUCCUCCAUGCCGACCCGACCCGUCAAAAUCAUUCCUCUUCAACAUCCAAACACGACGACGUCUUCCUCCUUGAACCCCCUGCCCAGGGCCCUGCUCUCGAGAUGGACAGCAAAAGUUAAACGAACCACCCUGGUUCAGUGGAUCGACACGUUUCUCCCUUGUUGCCGUUGGAUUAAAACUUAUAAAUGGCGCGAGUAUUUCCAGCCUGAUCUCAUGGCCGGUCUCACCGUCGGUAUCAUGCUCGUUCCCCAGGCAAUGUCUUAUGCAAAAUUGGCAGGACUGCACCCAAUUUAUGGAUUGUACACUGGUUUUAUACCGAUAUUUGUGUAUGCCAUAUUUGGAUCAUCUCGGCAACUUGCAAUUGGACCGGUGGCAUUGGUUUCUCUGCUAGUCUCUAAUGUAUUGGGUGGAAUUGUCAAUUCAUCUGAUGAGUUAUAUACAGAACUUGCGAUAAUAUUGGCAUUUAUGGUUGGAAUAUUGGAAUGUAUAAUGGCACUUUUGAGGCUUGGAUGGCUUAUCCGCUUCAUCAGCCACUCCGUGAUUUCUGGCUUCAGUACUGCUUCAGCCAUUGUUAUUGCACUGUCCCAAGCAAAGUAUUUCUUGGGGUAUGAUAUUGUACGAAGUAGCAAGAUUGUGCCGUUGAUUAAAAGCAUAAUAUCUGGAGCACAUAAGUUCUCUUGGCCUCCUUUUGUGAUGGGAUCUUGCAUUCUUGCAAUACUUUUGGUCAUGAAACAUUUGGGAAAAUCAACGAAGCAGUUCAGGUUCCUACGGGCAGCAGGUCCACUUACAGCAGUUGUUUUGGGUACACUUCUUGUGAAAAUGUUUCAUCCAUCCUCGAUUUCUUUGGUAGGGGAGAUACCCCAGGGACUCCCAAGCUUCUCUUUUCCGAAAAAAUUCGAGUAUGCAAAGUCUUUAAUUCCAACAGCAAUGCUUAUUACCGGAGUAGCCAUAUUGGAAUCUGUUGGGAUUGCUAAAGCAUUGGCAGCAAAGAAUGGGUAUGAGCUGGAUUCAAGUCAAGAGUUGUUCGGUCUUGGUUUAGCCAAUAUCAUGGGCUCAUUAUUUUCAGCAUACCCUUCAACAGGCUCGUUUUCUAGGUCAGCUGUAAAUAAUGAAAGUGGGGCUAAAACCGGCUUAUCUGGAGUUGUAGCUGGAAUAAUUAUGUGCUGUUCUCUUUUAUUCUUGACUCCGUUAUUUGAAUACAUACCACAGUGUGCUCUAGCUGCAAUAGUAAUAUCUGCUGUGAUGGGCCUGGUGGAUUAUGAUGAGGCUAUCUUCUUAUGGCGUGUGGAUAAGAAAGAUUUUGUUCUUUGGCUCAUUACCAGUACUACAACAUUGUUCCUUGGGAUUGAGAUUGGUGUCCUUGUUGGGGUUGGUGCAUCACUUGCUUUUGUCAUCCACGAAUCUGCAAAUCCACACAUUGCUGUCUUGGGACGUCUUCCUGGCACCACUGUCUACAGAAAUAUUGAACAGUAUCCAGAAGCAUAUACUUACAAUGGAAUUGUGAUUGUUCGCGUUGAUGCACCUAUCUAUUUUGCUAAUAUAAGUUUCAUAAAGGACAGGUUACGGGAAUAUGAAGUUGAUGCUGACAAAUCUUCUAGACGUGGACCAGAAGUUGAAAAGAUUUAUUUUGUGAUUUUAGAGAUGUCACCUAUUACAUACAUAGACUCCAGUGCUGUUCAAGCAUUGAAAGACUUGCACCAGGAGUACAAAUCACGGGAUAUUCAGAUCUGUAUUUCCAAUCCGAACCGAGAUGUUCUGCUGACCUUAACAAAAGCUGGUAUUGUAGAGCUUCUUGGUAAGGAGCGCUACUUUGUGAGAGUGCAUGAUGCUGUUCAAGUUUGCCUUCAGCAUGUUCAGAGCUCAAGCCAAUCUCCUAAGAAACCAGAUCCUUCUGCUGAGGAUAAACCAAGAAUCUUUAAAAGGUUAUCGAAGCAGAGGGAAGAGGAUUUAUCAAUAGCAGAGUUGGAGUCAGGUGAUAAUAAAACCUCUGCUCCCAAGCAUACAAAGCCGCACUUGGAGCCAUUGUUGUCUCGGAAGUCUUGAAAUUUGCUUUAUUAUUUUUAUGGACAUAUGAUGCCGAUUUUUCAAGGCACUAUGAUAUCUGUCUGUAGAUCAUUGAUUACAAGGUUCGAUUGUUUGCUUGCAUGCAUGCUUUACUGUUGUAAAAUGCAAUGCAAUACUCGUCGUAAGGUUUGUUUUCUUCAAUGGAAUCAUAAGACUGUAAUCUGCAUUAUAUAAAACAAUGCAUUUAUUGCGUCAGUUUGUAUC